AUGGCCAACGACGAUAUGAAAAGUUUGAAAGAAAUGUUGCAACGAUUGAUUGACAUGCAACUUAAUUCGCAUGUUUCCAAUGGGAAAGGAGAUAAUGUUGAAGCAAAUGCUAGUGAAGAACUGCAGGCAACCUUGAAUGAACUACAAGAGGUCUACAACUGUUUGGCGCAGUUGGGCCUGGAACGGACAACGCCGGGGUCGUGCAGUCGUGCCUCAUUUGAUGACAGUGUUCUGUGUUGCGAUGGUACUCCUGACAAUAAAGUGCAGGUGAAAGAGUUAAAAGAAGAGAUUGCAAUGCUGAACAAAGAAUUAGAGAAACGCGACGCCAUUAUAGAGACAUUCGAUUCUCGCACAGACGUUGAGUAUGAACAUGGCCUCAUCAUUCAUUCGCUUUGCCCGAUUUUAGUUACCCUC